GUUUCAGCUGCCUGCAUAGAGAGACGCUCAUAAUUUAGCUAGCUUUUAAUAGGCUUUUUUUUCUUAAUUAUUAUAAUAAUUAUUAUUAUAAGAGUAGUAAUUUACCAGUUGCUAAGCGCGAAUGGUUGAUAAUAUAACUUCUCAUUAGUUUAAUUUUUUUAUACACAAAGUCUGGCACUUCGUGGUUAUUUUUUUAUUAUUAUUAAUUUCUCUGAUUAUUUUUUGAUUGAUUUUCAUCAAAGCAUCAAGUCAAGUAUUUUUUAAGGCUAUAAUUGUGCUUGGCAUCUUAAAUAUAUAUAUUUGUUAUAAAUCUGGGCUGCUGUCAGAGGCUUGUUUUUGUUGUUUUUUUUUUUCUUUGACACUUAAAGAAGAUAUUUUUUAUUAUUACAUUGAUCAGCAUUUCAUUUGCACUUUAUAAUUUGCACCAAGAUUUUACUCUUAUUUUUUUUUUUGCCGUUUUUCCUUUUGUUUUUCUUUCUUUAAAAAAAAAAAAAAAGCUCCCCGGUUCCCAUUAAACCAGCGCAGGUUCGCUUCAUCUCUUCUGACACGUCAUUUGGGAUCCAAACACUUUAUUGACUGCAGAAAAAAAAAAAAACUAGAACAUUUUUUGCAACUCCUGAGCCUCUCAAAAAAACACAGUUUUUCCUCAUGCUGUCAUUCAAUUAGUGCAUUUUUUUUUCAUCCUCUAAUUGACACGGACGCGCGCGCGAGCAGCAGCACCACGGUUUCACCUUUUCCAUUAUAAUAAAUAUAUUACAUUUUUAUUUAUAACAUUACAUUGGUGAUAUUGUUGAACAUGGCCGCCAUCGGGAUGGUGCAGAUGUUGAUCGAAGCUGCUGAGUAUCUCGAUCGUAGAGAAAGAGAAGCGGAACACGGGUACGCCUCGAUGUUGCCGUUUACCAGCCACAAAGACAGGGACGGCUCCAAGCGGAAAAAUAAAAGCAAGAAAAAUUGCAGCAGCAGGUCAACGCAUAACGAGAUGGAGAAGAACAGGCGGGCACAUUUACGGUUAUGUUUGGAACGCCUGAAGUCCCUGGUGCCUCUGGGACCAGACUCCAACCGGCACACCACCCUCAGCCUACUAAUGAAGGCCAAGGAUCACAUUAAGAGGUUGGAGGAUAGCGAGAGGAAGGCACAGCACACGCUAGACCAACUGCAGCGGGAGCAGAGACACCUGCACAGACGGCUGGAACAGCUGGGGGUGGAGCGCACACGCAUGGACAGUUUGGGGUCCACCUUCUCAUCGGACAAAUCUGACUCUGACCCUGACCAAGAAGAGCUGGAUGUGGACGUAGACGUUGAGGGAACGGACUACCUGCUGGGUGAUCUGGAGUGGAGCACCAGCAGCGUGAGCGACUCGGACGAGCGAGGCAGCCUGAGAAGCAGCUGCAGUGAUGAGGGCUACUCCAGCCACGCCAGCCUGCGCCACCUUGCCACCACUCAGGAGAAAACUUUAAGUCUAUAAGAGCAUGCCUGCUCCUACCUGAACCUUCAUCUCCAACACCUUCAACACUCACUCAGCGUGACAACGUGAACCGCUACACAACCCGCUUAAUGUUUCAGAACAGGAGGGCUCACCCAUGCUCUUGCUCUGCCAUGACUUGUAUACAAACCAGACCAAACCCUCUCGAGAAAGAUGAAUUCAAUGCAGUCUCACGUGUCCACACCUUCUUAUACCUUCACCAUCCAAUCAGAUCCUCCCUCCCUCGCAUCCGUCCUCCCCUCUCCGACCAAGUGCAUUCUUGUAAUACAGAUGUUUCUCAUAACCACGCCCACUGCCUACGCUAACCCUGCUCCACUUCCCAUCAUCCAUCAUCCACCAAUCAGAUCAGGAUGUUCCAGACACAGGGCUAGGUCACCUGACCGGUCAGCUGACCUAUCACAGCAUGGAAUUUUGCACUUAAAAGCAGCCUCUGGGUGUAAGCCGAACCCCUUUGCCGCAGAUCCGAGAGCGACGUUUUUUCUUCUUCUGCGAGAUCAGCGCCAAAAGGUCGGCUUCUACCAAAGAUCACACAGCAGGAAUUUUUUUUAACAAAGCACAUACAACAACAACAUACCGGCAUCAUCGAUCGACUUUUCGCUCCUCUGCUCUCUAAGAGGGAUCGCAGCUACUCUAGUUCCAGUAUCGGGUGUAGUCUUUAAGCUAGUCUUAAAUUGAGAUAAUAAUCUUCCCUACACAGUCCACGUGUCCACUGUCCACGUGUCCACCCCUCUAGAUCAAAAUCCGACUGUCAAGCAGAGACACACCGUUUAAAAAUAUAUAGACUUCCUCAUCUAAGAGCUAUCAACAUCACCAUCAUCUGGAUUUUUGGUGCUGCUGAUGACAUGGCACCUGACUUUUUUUUUCUUUUAAACAUAAACUGUCGACGUGAGGAACGUAAUGCAUCGCAGCAUGAGAUUGUCGUGGGACUGACUGACUGACGGACUGACGGGUGGGCCGGGGACGGGCGAAACGGGAAAUUUGAACAUCUCCGGGUCGUUCCAUCUCUUUCUCUCUGGGCUGGGGGCAGUGGGCCAAGUGUGUCUUUUUUUUCGUUCUUACUUUUUCCAAAAAUAUAGCGGAAAUAAGGAAGUUAAGCACAUUCCAAUACUGAACAGGAAGUCAGUUAGAAUUUUAAUAAAUAAUAAUAAGGUGCUUGGAAUCAUGGGAAGGCAAACAAAAAGGGCUUACCUUCUUUCUGAGCAUGGUUGUUGUUGUGUGUGUGUGUGUGUGUGUGUGUGUGUAUGUGUUUGAGUAAGUAGGUGUGUGUGUAUUAACACACCCUGUCGUCAUUCUCCUCCCCUUUCCAGUUUUGAAACUGUUUAUUUUUCGCAUUUGAUGUAUAUAGUUUACAGAAGUAUAUCUCUAUAUACAUCUAUAUGUAUAACAAAGUAUUUAUUUAAUACAAAUACUAUGUCAGAUAAAUAUAUAUAUAUAUAUAUAUAUAUAUA